UCCGACUUGUGGAAUCUGUCACAAAACAAAGUUUGCUGAUGGGUGCGGCCAUCUCUGCUCCUACUGCCGCACCAAGUUCUGUGCCCGCUGUGGAGGCCGCGUGUCUCUGCGAUCCAACAACGUUAUGUGGGUAUGCAAUUUAUGUCGAAAGCAACAAGAAAUCUUAACCAAAUCUGGGGCAUGGUUCUUUGGAAGUGGCCCUCAGCAGCCAAGUCAGGAUGGAACCCUAAGUGAUACAGCUACAGGUGCUGGUUCUGAGGUACCGAGAGAAAAGAAAGCACGGCUCCAAGAAAGAUCACGGUCUCAGACACCCCUGAGCACAGCAGCUGCCUCCUCCCAGGACGCAGCGCCUCCCAGCGCACAGCCAGACAGGAGCAAAGGGGCGGAGUCCUCACAGCAAGCCCUGGGGCCUGAACAGAAGCAGGUUUCAUCGAGGUCUAGAAGUGAACCUCCAAGAGAGAGGAAGAAGACUCCAGGGCUCUCUGAGCAGAAUGGCAAAGGAGCCCAGAAGAGCGAGCGGAAACGCGUGCCCAAGUCCUCAGUGCAGCCGGGAGAGGGGGCCGCGGAAGAGCGCGAGCGGAAAGAAAGGCGGGAAAGUCGACGGCUUGAGAAAGGACGGUCACAGGACUACCCAGAUGUGCCGGAAAAACGAGAGGAUCGCAAAGCGGUGGACGAUGAGAAGCAAAGGAAAGUGGAGGAGUACCAGACCCGGUACCGCAGCGAUCCGAACCUGGCGCGGUACCCGGUGAAACCGCCGCCGGAGGAGCAGCAGAUGCGCAUGCACGCCCGGGUGUCUCGCGCGAGGCACGAGCGGCGCCACAGCGACGUGGCGCUCCCGCGCACUGAGGCCGGAGCUGCGCCGCCCGACGCCAAGGCCGGCAAGCGCGCACCGCCCCCCGCCAGGGCUUCGCCGCCGGAGUCGCCGCGGGCCUACUCUGCCGAGAGGACUGCGGAAGUCAGGACGCCGGGCGCCAAGCAGCUGGCGAACCACAGCCCGCCGGCACCCAGGCAUGGGCCAGUCCCCGCAGAAGUCCUGGAGCCCAAAGCCCAGGAGCCCCUCAGGAAGCAGAGCCGCCUGGACCCCAGCUCGGCCGUCCUCAUCAGAAAGUCCAAGCGCGAGAAGGUGGAGACUAUGCUGCGGAACGACUCUUUGAGUUCUGAUCAGUCGGAGUCCGUGCGGCCUUCCCCGCCGAAGCCACACCGGUCCAAGAGAGGCGGCAAGAAGCGGCAGAUGUCCGUGAGCAGCUCCGAGGAGGAGGGCGUAUCCACGCCGGAGUACACCAGCUGCGAGGACGUGGAGCUGGAGAGCGAGAGCGUCAGCGAGAAAGGUGACUUGGAUUAUUACUGGUUGGAUCCUGCCACGUGGCAUAGCCGGGAAACAUCACCUAUUAGUUCGCAUCCUGUAACGUGGCAACCAUCUAAAGAGGGGGACCGAUUAAUUGGACGUGUUAUUCUGAACAAGAGAACAACCAUGCCCAAAGAAUCAGGUGCAUUACUGGGUCUGAAAGUUGUUGGAGGAAAAAUGACUGACUUAGGACGCCUUGGUGCCUUCAUCACCAAAGUAAAGAAGGGUAGCCUUGCAGAUGUAGUUGGACACUUACGAGCAGGGGAUGAAGUUCUAGAAUGGAAUGGUAAACCCCUGCCGGGAGCUACAAAUGAAGAAGUUUACAACAUUAUUUUAGAAUCAAAAUCAGAACCUCAAGUUGAAAUUAUUGUUUCAAGGCCUAUUGGUGAUAUUCCACGGAUCCCUGAGAGCUCCCAUCCUCCACUGGAGUCCAGUUCAAGUUCCUUUGAAUCUCAGAAGAUGGAAAGACCUUCCAUUUCUGUUAUUUCUCCAACAAGUCCUGGAGCUCUAAAAGAUGCCCCACAAGUCUUGCCAGGACAACUUUCUGUAAAGCUGUGGUAUGAUAAAGUGGGACACCAGCUGAUUGUAAAUGUUCUGCAAGCAACAGAUUUACCGACAAGAGUAGAUGGGCGUCCCAGGAAUCCCUAUGUGAAAAUGUAUUUUCUUCCGGAUAGAAGUGAUAAAAGCAAAAGGAGGACUAAAACAGUAAAGAAAGUACUAGAACCAAAAUGGAAUCAAACAUUUGUCUAUUCACAUGUACAUCGUAGAGAUUUUAGAGAACGGAUGUUAGAAAUAACUGUGUGGGAUCAACCAAGAGUACAAGAAGAAGAGAGUGAAUUUCUUGGAGAGAUCCUCAUAGAAUUGGAGACAGCACUUUUAGAUGAUGAGCCACAUUGGUAUAAACUCCAGACGCAUGAUGAAUCUUCACUACCUCUGCCUCAGCCAUCACCUUUCAUGCCAAGGCGACACAUUCAUGGAGAAAGCUCUAGCAAAAAACUACAAAUAGGUUAUAGGUCUAGUGCUAGAGAAAGUAAAUCUACAACAUUAACUGUGCCAGAACAGCAAAGAACAACUCAUCACCGCUCACGUUCAGUAUCUCCUCACCGCGGCGAUGAUCAGGGAAGGCCGCGUUCACGUUUACCAAAUGUGCCAUUACAGAGGAGUUUAGAUGAAAUUCAUCCAACAAGAAGGUCACGUUCUCCAACUAGACACCAUGAUGCCUCCCGAAGUCCAGUUGAUCACAGAUCCAGAGAUGUGGAUAGUCAGUAUUUAUCAGAACAAGACAGUGAGCUUCUUAUGCUGCCCAGAGCAAAACGAGGACGAAGUGCAGAAUGCCUCCAUACUACCAGAUAUUUUGUUAGGCACUAUAAAACAUUACCGCCUAAGAUGCCUUUAUUAGAGAACAGUUCUCACUGGAAUAUUUACAGUGAACUGCAGCCCUCCCUUGACAGGGCUAGGAGUGCUAGUACCAACUGCUUGAGACCAGAUACUAGUUUGCAUUCACCAGAACGAGAAAGGCACUCCAGAAAGUCUGAAAGAUCUAGCAUCCAAAAACAGACUAGGAAAGGCACUGCCUCUGAUGCAGAAAGAAUGCACAGACAAGCAAGUCCGACCCAUCCUCCCCCUGCAGACACAUCCUUCAGCAAUCGGAGGGGCCGGCAGCUACCACAGGUGCCAGUGAGAAGCGGCAGUAUAGAACAAGAACAAGAAAAAUAUAACUCUUCCACAAAAGCAAGCUUAGUAGUGGAGGAGCGAACAAGACAGAUGAAAAUGAAAGUGCAUCGAUUUAAGCAGACAACAGGGUCUGGUUCUAGUCAAGAACUUGAUCGCGAGCAAUAUUCCAAGUAUAACAUACAUAAAGAUCAGUACAGAAGCUGUGAUAACGUCUCUGCCAAAUCAUCAGAUAGUGAUGUCAGUGAUGUGUCCGCCAUUUCCCGAACCAGCAGUGCCUCACGCCUCAGCAGCACAAGCUUUAUGUCAGAGCAAUCUGAGCACCCCAGGGGUAGGAUCAGUUCAUUUACCCCUAAAAUGCAAGGCAGACGGAUGGGGACUUCAGGAAGAGCCAUCAUGAAGAGCACCAGUGUGAGUGGGGAGAUGUACACACUGGAGCAUAAUGACGGCAGUCAGUCCGACACAGCUGUGGGUACAGUUGGAGGAGGUGGAAAGAAAAGGAGAUCCAGCCUGAGUGCCAAAGUGGUUGCCAUAGUGUCUAGAAGGAGUAGAAGCACAUCCCAGCUAAGCCAAACAGAGUCAGGCCACAAGAAGUUAAAAAGCACCAUACAGAGAAGCACAGAAACAGGAAUGGCAGCCGAAAUGAGGAAGAUGGUAAGGCAACCAAGUCGAGAGUCUACUGACGGCAGCAUCAACAGUUAUAGCUCCGAGGGAAACUUAAUAUUUCCUGGAGUACGACUAGGAGCAGACAGUCAAUUCAGUGAUUUUCUUGAUGGACUGGGACCAGCUCAGCUUGUUGGCCGCCAAACCCUUGCUACCCCUGCAAUGGGUGACAUACAAAUUGGAAUGGAGGAUAAAAAGGGCCAAUUAGAAGUUGAAGUUAUUAGAGCACGAAGCCUCACACAAAAACCUGGUUCCAAGUCUACACCUGCUCCUUAUGUCAAAGUGUAUCUUUUGGAAAACGGGGCCUGUAUAGCCAAGAAGAAGACAAGAAUUGCACGAAAAACCCUUGAUCCUUUGUAUCAACAGUCCCUGGUUUUUGACGAAAGUCCACAGGGUAAAGUUCUUCAGGUCAUUGUCUGGGGGGACUAUGGCAGAAUGGACCAUAAAUGCUUUAUGGGUGUGGCUCAAAUCUUGUUGGAAGAACUCGAUCUAUCCAGUAUGGUAAUCGGAUGGUACAAGUUGUUCCCACCAUCAUCCCUGGUGGACCCCACACUGACUCCCCUAACGCGCCGGGCUUCCCAGUCAUCUCUGGAAAGUUCAACUGGGCCUCCCUGCAUCCGCUCAUAGUGAACUCCUACCAGAGUCAUUCCAGUGAAACUCUACCUUUCAGGAUAAUAAUCUGAACCAGAUAUUUCAUGAUCAAAAAAGCAUUGUUGGAGACAGACAAUCAACUUGUGUUUUGCCUGUAGUAGUUUUUCAAUAUGUCCCACUCGUUGUUUAAAACCUGGCUUCAUAUGACAGAACAAGGCAGUCUAUCAAAUUACAGUAAGAGUUAACAUGCUAGUGAGAGUCACUGAUGCUUCUAACAAACAGAAAAAGAGGAAACUUCAAAUUCACACACACACACCAAAUUGAACAAACUGGAAACUCUCACUCUGUGAAAAGUUGUAUUUUACACGUUUGUGCACAGACCACAAGCAGUGUUAUUUCCCUGGUGUUUAAGAAGUUCUGUUUUUUGUGUGUUUUGUUUAUUUGUGCAUUAUUUGUUGGGUUUUGGUUUCUUGAAUUGUUUUUGCUUUAUUUUUCAUUGUAUAUGUUAUUUCCACUAGUUUUUGGACAUGUCACGACAGGCCUCAUGAUGCUUACAAAGACCCUUCCUUUCUUUUCCCAAAAGCACUAAAAAAGGGCUGAAAUAGUCUCUGUGGCAUCUCCCCAAAGUGUUCAGCAACUAGGCAAGAUGAGGCCAAUGAAAGAUUUCACUGGCUUUCAUUUUAUAAUUUUUCAAAGUCUUAUGUGUGCAAACCCAGAAAACAAAAAUUCAUCUUCUAAAAUAAUCAUAGAAUCACUUUUUUUAAAUGAAGAGCAUACCUGUUUGUGUUCUAAAACAUUAAUUUAUUUUUUCCAUCGUUUUUCAUGGAAGACUUUUAGAAAAGUCAAUCUGCAACUAAUGCUGGGAACUAAAACUAACCACAUAAUUGUACUUUGGAAAUACUCCUUGUAGUAACUUUUUCUUCCUGAUAUCCCCAAAAAUAAGUAUAUGCUCAUGUGUAUAAACUAUACUUUUGACUUCCCAAAAUGGUGACUAGAAAUGGAUUUGAGCCUAAGACACUUUCAGCUAUGCCCAGGCUUCUCGGCCAUGUCUCAGUGUAGACAUACCCAUCUGCCCUGGAAAGAGCAUGGUAUGAGCUGUCCAAUAUUCCACUGGAAAUUCCAGUUGAAAUAUUCUGCACUAAAGUAAUGUUUUUAUCAAAUUUUAGUUUACAUUUCUUUGAGAUUGAUGCAAGCACAAAAGCUUGAUUUUUUAAUGCAAAAUAUCCUACUUUUGGGGGGAAAAUAAAACAAGUCAAAUUUCAACUUGCAUUUUCUUCAUUUGAGUUUUUCUUGGCCUUGAAUUUCCCUUGUGACAUUCUGUAUAUGUGCUACACACUGCAGACUCUGCAGGUGCAUUGAUACGUUCUCCCUCCUUUUAUGAGUCAUUCAACUUUUGUGAUCACACAAAUAGAGCAGCAUGACUUGGAACUGUUCAAAGCUGCAUGCACGUUUUUUUUUUUUUUAAAAAAUGAAAAAAUGAAAAAAAAACCCAAAAGGUUAUUUAAUAAUGUAUGUUAGUUCCACAUUAGGACAGCUUGUAUGUUGCAUGUACUUGUACAGUUUGCUCGUUAAUUACUAUACUGAAAUAACCAAGAAAUCUAAGCCAUCCAUUUUUGUUAUAGACAUUUUGCAGGUUUUAGCCAGACUCCGUAUGUGAGUUUGGGGUGAAAUGUCUAUAGAUGGACUUUAUUUUUUACCCUCUGGAAAACGUGAUGUAGUAUGGACCAAAUUCCUUCUAAUAAAUAUUUUGGUGUAGAUUCCUACUGUGGGGCUGUAACACAUGUAGACACUGUGUACACACUAGGUUUUAAUCCAUAGACAUACUGCCUGCACCAAGUGAAUUAUUUAUUAUUAUUUACACAUGCCAGAAUUAUCUGCCCAUCAUUCCACAGGGCACAGAUUGACCACUACUCACCAUGCUGAGCAGGAAGAACUGAAGCAUUGGUGCACUUCUACUAGAUUCCGUUCUGUCUUAGUGGCCAACAAUCAACUAACUAUAAUUGGGUAGUAUCUUUCUAUUUUGACCACUUGUCUUAACACUCCCCUGUGCUUUUAAAAUGAACAACUCAUGUAUGUAAACAUGUUUAAUAAAAUUUACUUUUCAUGUCA